AUGGUAUGGCAGGGAAUCACAGCGAUCGUGAACCCCAUUCUUGCCGAGAACGUGUUCAAAGUGCUCGCCGAGCGCGACGGGGCAUUCAUCGUGAUUCUGAAGAGUGGCGUGGCCGAGAUCUUCUCAGCCAAAACCGUCUACGACACCAUGUUAAUCCUCAACGACUUCCUCGCCGACAACUUGCUCUGGAACGGCACUGGAGGUAUCGAAAUGGACGAGGACCCUACGGGAUGUCUUGAGUUGGGAAGCGUUGCCUUCGUCCAGCAAGCCAUGCAAACUUUGAACCUCGUUGGUCACCCGGGCGUACAAGCGGCCGUGAACAUUGUCGGUCACUAUCUCUGGCGCCGCCUGGACUCUUGCAACAAGAAGGUCGCCAGCCGUGUGUCACACGAUUCGGACACCAGUCAGGCCCAGAGCAGGCGCGCACCAGUAGACGGGGACACUAUCCAAGCUAUCUUGGAUGGUACCGCUGCGUCCGUGACACGUGUGGGCUCUCGCCUCGACCGUCGUCCGGUGGCCGUCACUUCUGUUCAAGUGGCCAAGGUAAAGAAGACACUUGGCACGUUCCACUCGCCCGCUGUUCCACACGGCCACCACAUCCAGUCGUGGUGUGUUAAGUGUUGUUUCCCCCGUGCCGACUGCGUCUCCACUCCGGACGGCGAUAUCUGCAACCCGUGCCGCACGUACUCGUGUGCUGUGUGCGGUGAGCAGACACACAUCACGGCUGAGUGUCCACAUGAAGAACGCCGCAAUGCGUGGCUCGAGGACCGCCGAGACCGCUGCAACGCAUGCCACCGUCACGGCCACCAGUAUGCCGACUGCCUAAACGAGACGGAGAAAGCAGCGUACCAAAAGUACCACCGUGAACGCUGCAAGGGGUGUGGUGGUUCACACCUUAUCACCCAAUGUCCCGACCCCGAGGCACUCCGCACGCACAACGAGUGGCAGAACGAAUACUACCACAACACCCUCAAGAGCGCCCGUAUUGCAACCCAGCUCGAAAUUGAGCGCCAGAUUGACGGUGGCGAGAUCGACGCACCCCAGGCUACGCAGUCUACCCACCACUGCACACAAUACUCCCGUCCGGCAUGCCGUGCACGCAACAAGCUGGGCCACACCGCUGGUAACUGUCCCGACGACGUGGCACGUGUUACGCACCAGGAGAAGACCAAGGCCAAAAAGGAAGCAGCCAAGGCGAGGGCUGAGGCCGCCGAUGGUCAGAAUUCUGACUCGGACGACAAUGCACCGGCAGCCAAGCGCCACAAGCCCCUGCCAAACUCGAAGGGCAAGGGCAAAGCGAAGCAGGCUGCAGCCUCAGACUCCCAGGAUGAUAUGUAA